AUGCAGCCUAUGAAUAUGUAUAUGGUUCCCAAUCAAGGAAUACCAGGCUUUCCCCAACAAUUUUUUUUGCCUAUGUCACGAAAAGAGGUAGAUCAACUUCUUAUCAAACAGAAAGUUGAGCUUAUUGAAGCUUUGGCAGGCCUUGAGAGCAACAAUAAAUAUGAGAUCCGUAACUCCAUGGGUCAGAACGUGUUUUACGCGGUGGAGGAGAACGACUGUCUCACCCGUCAGUGCUGCGGCCCACUGCGAUCCUUCACCAUCCGUGUCCUGGAUAACUUUGGACAGGAAAUCAUCACAGUCAGCCGUCCUCUGAAAUGCAUGUCCUGGUUCGUCCCAUGUUGUCUGCAAGAGCUGGAGAUCCAGGCUCCUCCUGGAAACACAGUGGGAUAUGUUCUACAGCAGUGGCACCCUUUCCUCCCCAAGUUCACCAUAGAGAAUGAGCACAGAGAGCCGGUUCUCAAGCUCCAGGGGCCAUUCUGUGGCUGGAGCUGCCUGCCAGACGUGGACUUUGAGAUUCUGACAAUGGAUGAAGUCAGCAUUGGAAAGAUCAGCAAACAGUGGACAGGACUUCUCCGGGAGGCAUUCACCGAUUCAGACAACUUUGGGAUCCAGUUCCCCAUGGAUCUUGAUGUGAGAAUGAAGGCAGUGAUGAUCGGAGCCUGCUUUCUCAUUGACUUCAUGUUUUUUGAGACGAAUAACUAGUUGCUACGCAGACGGUGUUGUAACUAUGGAGAUGAGUGAAAAGAGAAG